AGGAUUAGAUUCCUUCUCUCACCACUGCCACAAGUCUACUUCUACAAUUUUCCCCCGCAGAAGCCAAACAGGCAGUCGAGUGCGACCCUUCAUGCACCUUGUCACCUUCCCUUACGUCACCCCUCGGUCCUCUUUUGCACAUUGUUUCUUCCUCCUCCAAGCUUACAUAUGUCUCUGAUCCAUCACCGCCACCACCACCGUCACCAUACCACCAGCACGCUGCUGCCCCUACCCCUCUACCGCUGACCGGAGAAAGGGUUAGACAAGCAUGGGCGGUGUCACCAGCAAGUGCUCCUACGCCAAGCACCGCAAGAAGACCAAGGAACUGCGGGCCAAAGUCCUGGCUCUGGAGGAAGAGAUCAAGGAGAUGAAGCGGGUGAGGGAGCACGAGGCUCGAGCCUUCGAGCGCCACGCGGCGGCCUUCGCGUCCAAGGAGGCGGAGUGGGAGCAGGAGAGGAGGAAGCACAGGGAGGAGGCGAGCAAGCUGGGGAAGCGGCUCAAGGAGGAGGAGGACCGGAUCCGAUGUUUGGAGGAGGAGAUGGCCGCCGGCCGCGGCGACAAGGAGUGGUUCCGCCUCGGCACCGACUACCUCGUCGAGCACAUGAAGGAGGAGCAGGCGCGGCGCGAGGAGGCGGUGGAGAAGUGGAAGCAGCUCUACCUCGCCAUCAAAACCGAGCUUGACGAUCUCAUCCAAAGAACUCGACAAGGGGAGAGGCUCUACCUGGGGGAUGAGGAAGGCGGCACGAUCGAGCGGCUACAGAAGGAGGUGAAAGCCAAGGAGGAGACGGCGGAGACGUUGAGAUCGCGCGUCGAUGAGAUGGAAAAGGAGGCGUGCAAGAGAGACCGAGAGAUCGACAUCUUGAGGCAGAGCCUGAGGAUUCUGAGCAACAAGAAGAGGGGACGCAUUGGGAAGAACCAACUCAGAGACUUGCAUUGAUGAGGUGCAGGCCAUCUCAUCUAUACCGGAGAACAGGACUUGAUGGAAAUGUUAUUGUAGCAGAAACAUAAGUAAACCUUAUAUCUUAUAUAUAUAUAUAUACCCAAUAAAAUGUAGUUCUUGUCGUCGUCGUCUUCUUCCUUCUUAAAGGAGCAGAGUCUCUGUAGUUGCUCCAAUCGAGUAUGUACUGAACACUGGCACUGCACCAGUUGCUCUCA